GAGCAGUGGUUGAACUGAAAUGUAUAUAGGUGUGUUACAUUGAGCUAGAUGUAGUAACUUAUAUAGCACUGUGAAUAGUGAUGCAGUUACUGACCCAGCUCAGGAUGAUGCAAGUUCUGGCUUUCACAAUUAAUGACGUUGGUCACUGGCUUCACUAAAGUGUACAGUGCCCAGGUUUCACCGGGAGCAAGAUACUGCAGAGUCACAGGAACAUUCACAUGUAUUUGAUGGACUUCCAUCUAGUUUCAGGGCAUCCUGACCAUUCAUGGAGUGGGGGAUGAACCCAGAUGUGCUGCUGUAAAUAAUUCUGUAGAGCUGUGUAACUACACCUAUUCUGAGCACAGAGACACAAGUCUUGCUUGCUUUUCAAAAGAUAUGACUGUUAUAAGAAGUUGUUUAGAAUGGUAAGCUAAUUAUGUCAUUGAGAGGUAGAUGAAAAGAAGUAUUUGGAACUUUAAGUAUUGAAGAAUUAAAAUUUAGGCUAUAUGAAUUAUACAGUUAGGUAAAACACGAGCAAGCAUUAUAGUAAAAAACUCACUUUAAAUAUAAAAAAACAGAUCCACUAAUGGCUAGUUAAGAAAAUGUAUAUUGUUCCAAAUUCGGCGUAAUAUUGUGAUUAAAGCAGGAAACACUAUCUAUCUGGCUUUUUUGUAGCCAGGCUGUAUGUUAGCAAACUUCUGUUAUUCUUCUCAAUGGAUUCAGCUUCUUGUGUCUCCUACACUGAGCCUGCCAAUUCCAUACCAAAACUGCUGUGUUUGCUGAAAUCCAUUUUGGGGGCAUAUAUUGAGGAGUAGGGCUACCCACGCAAGUUAGCUCCCUUGUGCUUCAGUGUCUGAGAAUCAAGUUACUACCUACUCAAGCCAAGUUAUCUACUCGGUAAUGCAUUGAAUUUGUGUUGACUUAAGUUAGAUAUUGGUGCUGUGACAGUAGCUGGAAAAGAUUGUUUUAUUGUUGAAACCUUUUUAUUAUAUGAAUUUUGUAAGAAUGUGGAAAAUGUUUGGUAAUAGACAUAUAAAAGUAUCAGAAGAAGAUGCUUGAGUUGCUACCAUAUUUUUUUCCCCCCAGGUACUGUUUUGCAUUUUGUGUGAGAUUACAUGUGUAAGAUGAAUAAAAAGAAAUUAAUAUUUAAAGUUGUAGAAAAUGAAACAGAUUGAGGGAAACUGAAAUAUCAAAGUUACAGAAAUAACAAGACUUAACUGGUUACUGCAGAAUAACUUACGACGAGCCUGUCCCAUUUACAAUACAUAAUAGGUUUGAUUAACUCUUUGUGUUAAGAUCUUGUACUGUGUGAUUUCUGUGUUCAUAACUGAUACGGAGUACUCUUCAAUGAUGGCAUUCUAAUCUGAGACUAACACUGGGGGUAAGAUUAAGACAUUUGUGUUUCUUACUAAACAGUUUUAAGGAUGGUGUACAUAAAUAGGUUGGUUUGAUGUGGAGAGUUUUUGGUUUUCUGUUUGUGGUGGUUUUGGUGGGUUUCUUUUAUUUUACCAGCAAACAAUCAUCUCUGUACUGACAAAUAUUUUAAGUAAACAGCCUUUUUAUGUGUCAGUGCAUAGGGGAAUUAUUCACCCCUCUUCUAUUCACUGCUUUGAGUGGUAUUUCCAAAAAUAACUGCAUAUUUCUGGAAGGUGCCUCAGCACUGGGAAGUGCAGGGAACAUGUGAGCCAUGGACAACUUCAGCUUUUAAAGGGUCAUAGAUUGUAAGUGCCUCAUGUGAAAAUUGGACUUGUAACUCUUUGUCUUCAUUAAUUAAAAUUAAUUUUAAAUGUUUAAGUAUCUGUUAAAGUGAAUUUUUUGAAAUGUAAGAUAAAUGUGUAUAGCUCAGAAUAUCGUCAUUUGACCCUUGUCACACAGACAUAGUGUAUUUUUCUCAGUCACCAGGAAAGUGACUGUACUGUCUGUCAGACCUUUUGCUUUUGUCCUAACUUUGACAUUGUUACAGGAAACCAUUAAGUGACUAUUUCAGCAUCCCUCAGAGGCCCAGACUUGCUGUGUACGACCACGCCUCUGCUCAGCUAUUUGGAUUUUGCUGUUCAGCAAAGAUGAGUGUAUAGAGCUGCAGAGGACGAUAGAAGCCCUGGAAUGCAUCUGGCCAUUAAUACAUUUUAUACAGGGUUGUGGGAUUGUUAGGAGUUCCUUCCCAAAGACCAGAACCAGCUGAACGACGUAACACUAUACCAUGCUUCGAAAUGUCCUAGGAAAAACUUUUCGGUUUCUUGGGUAUACUGUGCAAUAUGGCUGCAUAGCACAUUGUGCCUUUGAGUACCUUGGAGGAAUUGUUGUGUGUUCUGGACCUUCAAUGGAACCAACCAUUCAAAAUUGUGAUAUUGUCUUUUCGGAGAACCUUAGCCGCCACUUUUAUUGCAUUCGAAAAGGAGAUAUUGUAAUUGUGAAAAGCCCAAAUGAUCCCAAAUCAAAUAUCUGUAAAAGAGUAAUUGGCUUGGAAGGGGAUAAAGUCUGCACAAGCAACCCUUCAGAUUUCCUUAAGAGUCACAGCUAUGUGCCUAAAGGACAUGUUUGGUUAGAAGGUGAUAAUCUCAGGAAUUCUACUGAUUCCAGAUGCUAUGGACCUGUUCCUUAUGGACUGAUAAGAGGACGCAUUUGUUUUAAGAUAUGGCCUCUGAAUGACUUUGGAUUUCUACGUGCAAGUCCCAAUGGCCAUAGAUUUCUGGAUGAUUAAAAGAUUUAAGUGACUACUGCCAGAUUUCAUAGUAUUUUCUACUAAAAUUAAUGGAACUAUUUUUGUUUAGAAUAAACACAAGUAUGACUUGA